AUGCAGCGCAGCAGUUCGUUUCUAGCAAGUGGGGCAAGUGUAGAGGCGACUGACGCGUUGGUCGAUAUGGCAGACGUGGCCAAGUGCAGUCGCAGUGCCUUGCCAGUCCCGGUCGAAGCCAGUGUCGUGAGUGACACGACGACGAGCAGCAGUGACCGCUCGCGCUCGAGCUCCUGCAGUAGCUCUGGCUCGAGCGCGAACGCUCUGGACGACGACUAUGGCGCCCACGCGCUGUCGUUGUUGUCGUCGUCAGAAGAGAACGAGGAGGAGGAAGACAAGGAGAAGGACGUGGACGUGCUUGGUGGCGCGCAGACGGGCGCUGGUGGCAGUGCAUUUCUGGUCAAACCCAUGACGUCGAGACUGCAAGUGUGUCCAGUGGACGACUUGGCGGUAGAGGACGAGAAACGACGACGCCGGUCGCGACGGCAUCGAAAGAGUGAGCAGACACACAACAGCAAGAACGUGCUGCUGCUCUGUGGCAUGAGUCGCGACGCGGAGAGCCUCCCGUCCACGCCGAGUCCGAUUCUGGUCCGUACACGUCGCAGUGACAGCUCGCCAGCGCUCAUGGCACCACCAGCGAUGGCUACAACGAACACGUGGCCGUCGUCCGAGAGCACUCGAGACAAUGGACACGAGUCGACUGAAGCUUCAGCGCCCUCGUCAGUAGCAGAAGGUUUUUCUGCUGCUUCAGAAACGGCCGUACGUGUCCCGGCCGUCUUGCUCCGGAGAGACUCGGCCGCAAUUCGACGUCAGUACUGGAGUCAAUUGGGGUUUAGUUUAUCUCGUAGCGACUUGGAAAAGAGCACAGGACGGAAGAAGGAGCGUCGGGAUGGACUGAAAGUCCGGCUCAAUGACGUCAAGUGCACGAGUGAACAAGGUGCCAAGGGCGGGUUUUUCCAGUUUAUCGCGAGUUGGUACGCGCCAGUGACAGCUGUGACUGAAGAUGAUCCGAGUGUGCGGAAAGACAAGCGCCGAGCACAGAGUACGCGACAAUUGCGGUCGUCUUUGUCCCGCCAUUCCAUGUCGAGCAACGGCGACCUGAAUGACGUUCUCACGCGGCAAAAGGGCGUGCAGUUCAACCAAGAGGCCGAGCUGUUUUACAUCCCGCUGCACCGGGACUACUCGAAGCGCCAGCGCGAGUGCAUGUGGCCAACCCGUGCUGAGUUUAUUGCCAUGGUGGAGCGCAACCUCGACGCCGUGUACGACGAGAUGGAGCGCGAGUACGAGACGCAGCUCGAGAAUGAGCUCUUGGAGAAUGAAGGCAUGGCCCGCGAAGAAGCGCGACAGCGCACGAUCGAGUCGCAGCAGCGGAAACUCGAGGAAGCUGCAGCCACCGAGUCGCAGGGCAGUGUCUCCCCGGGCGCACGAAGUCGCAGUUCGAGCUCGACGUCGUCGUUGAUGGGGCCCAUGCUCACGUUGUCGCAGAAGCACGUGCUCGUGUCGCCACGCGCCCGUUCGUCACACGACCUUCGCUUUAAGUAUCUGAAGCACCUUGGUAUACACAGUUAG